GUCUGGUUCCGCCCGAAUCAUGUCCUGCUGUCUGCUGGAUUUCGGCCGGGUCCAGGACCUCAGACAGGUGCGAGACUUUCUGUUCCCCAAACGAGACAACGCAAAUCCGGAGGGGGACAAAACGAAAGCAGAAAACGAGUUAACGUGGGAUGACUCAGACUGGGGCUCCUGGGAGAAUCCUGAAAGGACAGAGGAUGGAACGCAGACUGAAGAGGAAGCACAGCAGCAACAGGACACCUCUUGGCUGCAGGACUGUGUGCUGUCGCUUUCCCCUUGCUCAGAUCUGCUAGUCAUCGCUGGAGAGCAUAAAGCCGCUUUUCUCUCCGCUAAGUGGCGGACGGAUGAAAGUGGACAUGAGGAAAUGACCCUCGCCGUGAGCUGGAGCGGAACACUGAGUGUUGACGAAGGGGAACGUAUCAGUAGCAUUAUUUGUAUUCCACUGGCCAGCCAAAAGAGGAGUUCCACAGGCCGGCCUGAUUGGACGUGUAUCGUGGUUGGAUUCAGCUCAGGUUAUGUCCGUUUCUACACAGAGAGUGGUGUUCUCCUGUUGGCUCAGCUGUUGCAUGAAGAUCCAGUGCUCCGUCUCAAAUGUCGCACCUAUGAGAUUCCACGACAUCCUGGAGUAACGGAACAGCAUGAGGAGCUGAGUAUUUUAUACAGAGCAGCCCUGGUCACCGUGGAUGGGUUUAGUCUUUUCCAGUCUUUACGUGCCUGCAGAAACCAGGUCGCCAGAGCUGCAGCAGCAGGAAGCGAUGUCAUCCAGCCUCCACCAUUGGCCUAUAAGAAGUUUGGCCUACAGGACAUGGACACAAUUACAGACCACACCAGCAUAGGCAUGUCCACUUUAAGUGUAUUCGAUCAGAUGAAAAACGCCUCUGUCCUGGGUGGAUUUCAAGCUUCGGUUAAAGGAAGCCCUCCUGCUAUGAGUCAGUAUAUUACAGUGGGAGGAGGGCCAUAUACAGGCUUCUACUACGCUAUUGAGGGCAGUUCUCAGCCUCUCCUCUCUCAUGUGGCUCUGGCAGUGGCCAGUAAACUCACAUCAGCUCUUUUCAAUGCUGCCAGCGGUUGGUUGGGGUGGAAGAGUAAAAACGAGGAGGAAUCAGUGCAGAAACAGAAACCAAAGGUAGAGCCGGCCACUCCCCUUCCUGUUCGGUUUGGUCUUCCAGAUUCUCGUCGGCAUGGCGAGUCGAUUUGCCUCUCUCCAUGUAACACUAUGGCUGCAGUCACAGAUGACUUUGGCAGAGUCACGCUGCUGGAUGUGGCACGGAGCAUCGCUAUCAGGAUGUGGAAAGGUUAUCGUGACGCUCAGCUUGGGUGGGUGCAGGUGUCAGAAGCACGCGGAGAAAGAGAAACAGCAACGUCUCCCUCUAUGCCCCGCCGCCAUGCCCAGUUUCUUGUGAUUUAUGCCCCGCGCAGGGGUAUUUUAGAGGUGUGGGGAACUCAGCAUGGACCACGAGUGGGGGCUUUUACUGUGGGCAAACAAUGCAGGCUACUCUACGCAGGUCACAGGUUAAUGGGUGUGAAUAGUGUAACCAGUCAGGGCUGGCAGAUACACACGCAGCAGAUGUGUCUGUUUGACCCUUGUAAUGGAGUUCUGAGAGCCAUCACCAUACCAUUCCACCUGGCACUUAGUGAUAAGAAGAGCGAGCGUGCCAAAGACAUGCACUUGCUGAAGCGACUCACCUCUUUAUUGAGGAGCAGAGAGGUGGAGCCAGCUCUGCUCGAGAGCGAAGCACAAAGUGUGUUACUGGAUAUUAAACAUCCAGCUAUUAAAAAACAGGCCUUGGAGUCUUUGCUGUCUAAUAAGAAUGCACCAGUGUCCUGUUUGACCAACGUUACUCGUGCACUAUUGGCCAGCCUGAAAGAACAAGAUCCUGAGGCAACAGACGAGUCUUUGGUGCAGUUCUGUUCAUCACAACUCAAACUGCUUCAGCUUUAUACAGAUGUCCAACUACUGCACACACCAGAUACUUCACCUUCUGAGACCGAACAUCUGUCCGUGUCCGGCAUUGAAGAAGAUCUUGCUCGAAUCAGCCCAGUCUUGAAGCAAUACACAGAGAUAAACUCACGGCCCUGCGUUUCAUUCGCUCAAGACUCCGCUGGGCCGUUGCCUGUCCGAACAUUCCUGUCUCAGUUGGAGUGGGUCGACGGAGAGCUGAGAGUGAUCAAACAGCCCGAUACGGACUGGACCCAACUGGGUAGUUUUCUCUUUUGGGGUUGUCUUUCGGGUCAGAGUCCUUUACAGAGAGUGUGUGAGACUUUACAGGAGAGCGGCAUCAGUCCUCAACAGCUGCUGUCUUUGCUUUUGACAGUUUGGCUGAACAAAGAAAAGGAGGUUCUGAAGUGUUUGGAUGCCGUCUCGAACUUGCACACUCUACUCUUCACUAUAAGCUCAAUGAAAGGAGCAGUUGAUGAGUCAUGGGACGGGCAGGCCGUCUCCCCCUGGUGGCAGCAGGUGCGCACAGCGUGUCUUCACUCUGAGAGCUCGGGUGCUGCGCUACUGGCAGCUCUGGUCGCUUAUCAUGUAGCCAAAAGUGCCAUCGCCAGACUGGCACAGAGCAAAUUUCAGGAGGAGUGGGAGUGUGUGUCUCUGGAGCUGGAAAAGUGGGUGGUAUGUAUAAAGCAGCUGGAGGAUGUCCUUGCUUUGCAGACGUUGCUCUGUCUGCCACCCCCUCAGGGCUCUGCAGGGGGCGCUGCUUCACGCUGCUCGGUCAAAACACUUUCAGAAAGUGGCAGAGGAGGUGUAGCAGAUUGUGUGUCCAAGUUGAUCUUCAGGCAGGGUGUGUGUCCAGAAUCCUUGAAGGAUAUUUUACAGCGGAGGGUGGAGAAUCCAUCUACAGAACAGCUGUCACAACGAGGAGGGGAUGAGAGACUGGAGGAACUGCUGGAGUGCGUCUGUCAGCGAUUCCCAAACUCACUGUCUCCUGAUGUGCUGUUUGCUCACUGUAGCUGGGAACAUGUGGUCCAGUGGAACAAAGACCCAGAGGUGGGGCAAUAUUUAGAGUGGUCUGUGGAGUUUUUGAAGAUGAUCACCAAUCCUCACAUCCAGCUGGGUAUUUCCGCUAUGAUGUGGCACACGUUCAUUGUGAAACGAUUUUCAGCAGCUGCCUUCCUAAUGGAAAAGGUGGGGAAAGCACCCAAAGAUCGACUUUGCAGACGGGAUGUCGGAAUGGGAGACGCAGCUCUAAGGAGUUUCCUGGGCUCCUGCGUGCAGUUACUUCAGGUUCUGAUGGAGGUCUCGUCUUCCUCUUUUCUCCCUUCUUUUCCUUUUUUCUCCCGAGCGGACUCUGGAGUGGAGGAAGUGUCUGCUCCAGACGUGUGUGUGGAGGAAGUAUGGAGCGCCGCGGAGGGUCCGGUCUCUAUAGUGGAGUUGGCGAUGGAUCAGCGAUCUCUUCACUAUCCGCUCGUGCAGCAUCACUGCGUGUUAGCAUCUCUGUUGCACGCAGCCAUGACUUUCUCCCUGCGUUUGAAACCCCUUAGCCUGUUUGACAGCAAGGGUAAGAAUGCAUUUUUCAGAGAUCUGACCUCCAUUCAGCUGUUGCCUAGUGGAGACACGGACCCCAACCUGGUAGCUCUUAGACAAGAGUUUCUGAUGUCUGUAUUAACAAGCUGGGUAAAGGCUCUGGCAGAAGCUGAGGAGAAUGGAGUCAGACACAGUAGCACUGAAGACAUGUGGCCCUCUGUGUGUAUGGAGCUCUCGUCUCUACUGCAGGUCAAUACUGACAUUCUGCGCAGACACCUGGUAUGCGAACUCUACAACCAGGGCCUGGACCUGCGAGCAGAGGAGGUGAUGAUGGAAGUUCAGGACAAGGAUGUUUUAGGCUCUCAGCUCUUGGUGUUGAUGGGUCAGAGACUCUCCUUCUCUCUGCUCCACUCACAGACACAGACCAAACCUAACAUGGAGCUGCUGGCCCGUCUGCCACCCACCCUCUGCACCUGGCUAAAAGCUAUGGACCCCAGUGAGCUCCGUUGCCCCUCGGUACCUCUGUCUCAAAGCGGCCAACUCAUCAACAAAGUCAUCGAAAUGCUACCUGAAAACCACGCACAGUACAGCCUUGCCCUCCACCUGCUGGAGGCUGUGGACUCUUUACAGAACGAGCCCUAAUAAACAGAUGUGCAAGACUAGAAAGAAUGAGAAUACUUUUAUAAUCCAGAUGCUAAAUCUGUUCCGGGUUUUACUCAAACCUGAAAAAUCGUCUUCAUCAGUAAUCUUAGAAGGAUUUAAUUUCUCCUCCCAACAAUCACCAACAUAACACCUAGACACUAGAAUAUCUAGAUCUCACAUCCCAGAAUGCUGUGCACAUUGGAUCUUCCAAUGAGAUGCAGUCAGGGAUUAAGAGCCUUGGGUCACCAUCUGAGAGUGUUAAUAGAAGUAAAACAAUGAUAUCAUGUUAACUAAUUUACAUGUUAUUAUAAAGUCUGGGCUUUACAAAGAAGCCUUAACUGAAUAUUGUCCUAUAUCAUCAAAACAUUACAGUGUAUGAACGCCAUAUGGGAGAGAUAUAUUCUUCUAUUUUGACUUCUAUGUUAACAAUGAUGUUUCUCAUUUACUCUGCCAAAUAAGUGUCUAAUAUGUGUCUUGUUGAUGCUUUUUAUUUUAAAUGUACAACUUUGUUUCAUCACAAGUUCAGACUGAAGAUCCAUUUUCACUAGUUUUCAAGCAGUCCUGUACUAGUUGGUGCAUUGUGGCUGCCCAUGUGAUACAAUUUAACCAUGAUACCAAAUAUAAACACGAGUAGUUUUCAAGA